CAGAGCAGUUGUUGAGUAGAAACAGUUUGACAUCAAAGCUUGAAGAUGAGAAUCAACUCUUGUCCCUAACUAACAUUACAAAACUGAAUCAUUAACUCUCUGGACCAAAAAUGCCUUACGCUAACCAACCAUCAGUUACAAUCUCGGAGCUAACCGAUGAAAAUGUAAAAUUUAUCGUUGAAGACACAGAAUUAAGUGUGGCCAAUAGUUUACGGCGGGUAUUUAUUGCGGAAACACCGACACUUGCGAUCGAUUGGGUGCAGCUGGAGUCUAAUACAACUGUUCUAGCCGAUGAAUUUCUUGCUCAUCGCGUUGGGUUAAUACCGCUCAUUUCAGAUGAAGUGGUAGAUCGUAUGCAAUACAGCCGUGAUUGCCCGUGCUUAGACUUUUGUAACGAGUGCAGUGUGGAAUUCACUUUGGACGUAAAAUGCAACGAGGAGCACACUCGACAUGUUACAACAGCUGAUCUGAAAUCAAGUGACCCUAGGGUAUUGCCAGUUACAUCCAGACAUAGAGACGAUGAAGACAACGAAUACGGAGAAGGAACAGAUGAAAUACUAAUCAUUAAGCUUCGCAAAGGACAGGAGUUAAAGUUAAAAGCUUAUGCUAAAAAAGGCUUCGGGAAAGAACAUGCGAAAUGGAAUCCUACAUGUGGUGUUAGCUUUGAAUACGAUCCAGAUAAUGCUAUGAGACAUACUCUAUAUCCAAAACCAGAUGAAUGGCCGAAAUCAGAACACACCGAAUUGGACGAUGACAAAUACGAAGCUGACUAUAACUGGGAAUUGAAGCCGAACAAAUUCUUCUUUAAUGUCGAGUCUUCUGGUGCCCUCAAACCAGAAAAUAUUGUGCUGAUGGGAGUUCAAGUUUUGAAGAACAAGUUGUCAAAUUUGCAGACUCAAUUAAGCCAUGAGACAGACGUUUUGGCUAUUUGAACUCGUAGACGGCUUCACGCUAUGUAAAAUAAUUUAAUAAAAUAAGCUAUGUUGCAAACAA